AUGAGGUUCUCGCCUCUCACCAUACUCACGGCCGCCGCGGCGCUGGCAAAGGGACAGAGUCUGGAUCCAGAGGCCAUCAAUGCGAAGAAAGCCACCGUAUUCAACGACAUCAAGGUACCCCCGCUGAUGGACCUCACGCCAUCCAACUUCGACGAUGAGAUCAAGAAGACAAAGUACAUGCUUGUCAAGCACUAUAGUCCGUACUGCCCUCAUUGCAUCGACUAUGCCCCAACGUUCCAGACUUUGUACGAGUUCUACUACACAUCCCUCUCCGAUGGCGACGGCGACGCGAGCUUCCUCGAAUACUACGACUUCCGGUUCGGCAUGAUCAACUGUAUCGCCUACUAUGAUCUUUGCGUCAAGAACGGGGUGCAAACCUACCCCAUGACCAGCCUCUUCGAGGACGGCGUGGCUAUCGAGAACCUGAGGGGUGUCAAGUCUAUCGAUGAUCUCGGUGACACCAUGGAGGCCGUGCUCGAGAAAGAGCGCCCAGGGUCGCGGCCUCGCUCGAUCCAGCUGCCCAAAGCCGGCGCUCAUUACCAUCCAGGCAAAACAGACGAGACCACGGCCGAGUCGCCCGAGAAAGCCAACAAGGAAUCGGCCGCUGGGGCUGAGGCUGAAACUGGGAAAGCAGAGGAAAAUGUCGACACGAAGAAGGACAACGACAAGGAGGCCCAGGAUGCUGACAAGACGGACAAAGCCGGCAGCGACGCCACAGGCGCCUCGGACGCCAAGUGGAAGUCACCAACCCCGGCCGAGGUAUUCAACAACAGGAGGCCAAAGAAGCCUACGACCACGCCCAACCCGAACGGGGCCUCGACCUCGCUUUCGGCGGAGAGCUUCCCGCAACUUGUCACAAAGACGCAGGACCCUUGGUUCAUCAAGUUCUAUGCCCCAUGGUGCCCUCACUGCCAAGCCAUGGGCCCAACCUGGGACCAGCUGUCCAAGUCGAUGCAGGGCAAGCUGAACGUGGGCGAGGUGAACUGCGACAAGGAACCCCGUUUGUGUAAGGAGGCUAAUGCCCAUUCGUACCCUACGAUCCUGUUCUUCAAGGGUGGUGAGCGCGCCGAAUACCACGGCCUACGAGGCUUGGGCGACUUCAUCUCGUACGCUGAGAGUGCCCUCGACCUGGCCAGCGGCGUCCCCGACGUGACGGUCGCCGAGUUCGAGGCGCUCGAAGAGAAGGAAGACGUCAUCUUCACCUACUUCUAUGACCACGCCACCACGACGGAGGACUUUACUGCCCUGGAAAGCCUGCCCCUGAGCCUCAUUGGGCACGCCAAGCUCGUCAAGACCAACGACCCCAAACUUGCCGAGCGAUUCAAGGUGACGACCUGGCCGCGUCUGUUGGUGUCCCGCGACGGCCGCCCGACAUAUUACGAGCCCAUCACCCCUGAUGCCAUGCGGGACAUCCAUGGGCUCAUGGACUGGAUGAGCUCCGUGUGGCUGCCUCUUGUCCCUGAGCUGACCGCCGCCAACGCGAAGCAGAUUAUGGACGACAAGAUUGUGGUCCUCGGCAUCCUGAAGCGCGACGAUGCUACCGGCUUCCCGACCGCGCUCAAGGAGAUCAAGCUUGCCGCCAACGAGUGGAUGGAUCGCCAGAUCCUCGAGUUCCAGCUGGAGCGCAAGAAGCUACGCGACGCCAAGCAGAUGCGCAUCGAGGAGGCUGCCGACCGUGGCGAUGAGCGUGCGCUUCGUAACGCCAAGCUCACCCGCAUCGACAUGAACGAGCACGCCAAGAAGGAGGUGGGCUUCGCCUGGGUCGACGGUGUCUUUUGGCAGCGCUGGAUCCGCACCACCUACGGCAUCGACGUCGUCCAGGAUGGCGAGCGCGUCAUCAUCAACGACCAAGACGUACGCUUCUCCUCCCUCGUCCCCUACCGACGCAUGAGUAGUACUGACCUCUUGUCGCAGAGCCGCCAGUAUUGGGACCAGACCGCCACGGGCAACUACAUCAUGGUCAGCCGGACCGCCAUCUCCGAGUCGCUCGACAAGAUCGUCUACGGGCCCAGCACCAUCAAGGCCAAGCUGACAGUGUCGCUGAUUGAAAAGUUCUUCCUCGACAUUCGUAAGACGUUUGUCAGGCACCCAUACCUGAGUGUCGGUUCUGUCGGGGGACUGCUGCUGGCCGCGUGGAUCUGGCUUCGGGGCCGGGUCAGGCGAUCAAAGGGCCACUUUAGGCUGGACGAGCCGGUGCACGGUAUGAAGGAUGGUCUGGGUCUCGGCUUGAUAGGGCAGCAAAUCAGCGAGAAGACGGACUGA